UCUUAUCUUUAAUUAAAUAAAAUUCAAAAAUUUUAAUUAUGAGUUCAGUAAAAGAAUUUGAUUUUCCAUUUCCACCAUACGAUAUACAAAAACAAUUUAUGAAUUCUUUAUAUAAUGCGUUAGAAACAAAUAAAUUGGGAAUAUUUGAAAGUCCUACAGGAACAGGUAAAACUAUGAGUUUAAUCUGCGGCUCUUUAACGUGGCUAAGAGACCAUGAACUCCGUAAGCAACAGGAAUUAAUAGAUAAAAUUAAAGAAAUCAAUCAAAAUAAAAAUAAAUUAGAUAGCGAAGAUGAUUGGAUCUCUUCUCAGUCAGAAGCGAUUUUAAAAUCUAAAGAACGUGAUAAAUUGCAAUUGGAACUCGAUAAAAUUAAUAAAUAUGAGGAGAAAAUUGAGAAUAUUAAGAAAAAUGUAAACGUUAAAAAAGAAAAGAAACAUUGGUCGAAAAAACAAACUGAAAAUAUCCUUAAAAUGGAGGAAAUUGUGGAAGAUGAUUUAGAUUUAAUAUUAGAAGAUAAUGUAUUACGGUCUAAUGAUGAAAAUUCUCCACCAGUUUCUGAUUGUGAUGAAAACGAAGAUGAAUAUGCUCCCACCAAGAUAAUAUUUUGUAGUCGUACGCAUUCACAGCUAGCGCAAUAUGUUGGAGAAGUUUUAAAAUCACCUUUUGGGAAAACCACUCGAGUUGUUACGUUAGCGUCACGGCAAACCUACUGUAUUAACGAAGCCGUAAAAAAACUUAAAAGUCUAUCAAUAAUUAACGAAAGAUGUUUAGAUUUGCAACAAAAGAAGAAAGAAAAAACGUCAAAAUCGAAAGAUGGAAAAUCAUUAAAGCGACAAAAAAUUGCUUCCGGAUGUCCAUACAUGAAUGAAAAUAAUAUUGAACAGUUAAAAGAAGAAGCGAUUGUGGAAAUACAUGAUGUAGAAAAUUUGGUAGCUAUUGGAAAGGAAUUGAGUGCAUGUCCAUAUUAUGGCGCUCGUGCUACCGUUUUAGAUUCUCAGAUCGUUGUUAUUCCUUAUAAUAUAUUGUUACAUAAAUCCACCCGGAAAGCGAGUGGCAUUCAAUUAAAAAAUAAUGUAGUCAUAAUUGAUGAAGCCCAUAAUUUAUUGGAUACCAUUGGACAUAUUCAUAGUUGUGUUUUAUCCGGACAACACUUAACACAUGCGCAUAGUCAAUUAAUUCAAUACAAAGAAAAAUAUUUAAAUCGUUUUAGUGCAAAAAAUUUAUUAAGAUUAAAUCAAAUUAUUUUUAUUAUUGAACGUUUAAUUAAACUUUUAGGUGGUAAACCAGGAAUUGUUCCAGAACAAGAAAAUUCGAAAUCAGAAUCGCAAAUGUAUACACUGCAGGAUUUUGUAUUUGCUGCUGAUAUUGAUUCGAUUAAUAUAUUCAAAUUAUUAGAAUUUUGCGAAACUAGCAAAAUAUCUCAUAAAUUGCACGGUUUUUCUGAAAAAUAUCAACCAACGGUGGUAAUUCACCCUAAAGUUGAAACAAAAACAAAUUCUGUGAGUAAUUUUCUGAAAAAACUAGUCAAAAAUGAAGUAGAUGAAACGGUUACGAAUAAUGAAACUGAAAAAGAAUUCAUAAUGAAUAAUCCCAUUUUAAUUGUAAUUGCAUUUCUGGAAUGCUUAACAAAUGCGUGCGAUGAUGGUCGCGUUUAUUGUUACAAGCACGAUACGCUUAGUAAAGCAUAUUUUAAAUUUUUACUAUUAAAUCCCGCAUCACGUUUUAUGGACAUCGUCAAGGAAGCAAAAUCGGUUAUUAUUGCUGGUGGAACGAUGCAACCAUUUUCCGAAUUCACAGAUCAAUUAUUUAUUGCCGCUGGUGCGAAUCCAAGUCGCAUUUUGGAAUUUUCCUGCGGUCAUGUAAUACCACCCACAAGUAUUCUACCAAUAAUUGCAUGUUCUGGACCUACUGGGAAAAGUUUUGAUUUUUCUUUCGAGUUCCGUAAUAAUUUAGAAACAUUAGACGAAUUAGGUAGAUUAUUAACGAAUGUAACAAAUAUAGUUCCCGGAGGCGUGAUUUGCUUCUUCCCAUCGUAUGAUUACGAAAAAUUAGUAUAUAAUCAUUUCGAGAAAAAUGGAUUUAUAACAAAAAUAAGUAGAAAGAAAACAUUAUUUCGUGAACCGAAACUUUCAUCGGAUGUUGAUAGUGUCCUGGACAAAUUUUCGUCAACCAUCAAAAGAAGUGGCAGCACUGGAGCUUUAUUAUUCAGCGUUGUUGGGGGCAAAUUAAGUGAAGGUUUAAACUUUAGUGAUGAUUUAGGGCGAUGUGUAAUUGUGAUUGGAUUGCCAUACCCGAAUAUUAAAUCACCCGAAUUACAGGAAAAGAUGACAUACUUAGAUAAAAACGUCAAUCCUGCUGCUGGAAAAGUACAUUACGAAAAUUUAUGUAUGAAAGCAGUAAAUCAGUGUAUUGGUCGUGCAAUAAGACAUCGAAAUGAUUAUGCAGCAGUGCUUUUAUUAGAUCAUCGAUACAGUCGUCCAACCGUACAAAAAGCUUUGCCUGGAUGGAUUCAACGUUCGUUAAUCGUUCAAUCUAGUUUUGGUCCUGUAAUGGGUUCUUUAUCAAAGUUUUUUAAUUCGAAGAAACAGAAAGAAAUUUUGGCAAAAUAAAACGUGUCACAUGUAAG